AUGGAGGAGGUGGAGAAGAAAGUGGAGCAGGAGAUGGAGGAGGAGGUGGUGGAGAAGGAGGAGAUGGGGGUGGAGGAGGUCCUUCUCCUCCUCCUCCAGAAAGAGGUGGAGGAGGUGGAGUUGGAGGAGAAGGAAGUGGACAAGGUGGUGAAAGAGGAGGUGGAGGAGGUCCUUCUCCUUCUCCAGAAAGAGGUGGAGAAGGUGGAGGUGGUAGAGAAGAAGGAGUUGAGGAAGCAGGAGGUGGAGAUGGAGGAGAAGGAGGUGAAGAAGGGGGUGGAGGAGGUCCUUCUCCAACUCCUCCGGAAGGAGGUGGAGGAGCCAGAAGGAGGUGGAGGUCCUUCUCCAACUCCUCCGGAAGGAGAUGGAGGAGGUGAAGUAGAAGGAGGUGAAGAAGGGGGUUUAAGAGGUCCUUCUCCAACUCCCCCACCUCCUUCUCCUCCUCUGGAAGGAGGUGGAGGUCCUUCUCCAACUCCCCCACCUCCUUCUCCUUCUCCGGAAGGAGGUGGAGGUCCUUCUCCAACUCCCCCACCUCCUUCUCCUCCUCCAGAAGGAGGUGGAGGUCCUUCUCCAACUCCCCCACCUCCUUCUCCUUCUCCGGAAGGAGGUGGAGGUCCUUCUCCAACUCCCCCACCUCCUUCUCCUCCUCCAGAAGGAGGUGGAGGUCCUUCUCCAACUUCUCCACCUCCUUCUCCUUCUCCGGAAGGAGGUGGAGGUCCUUCUCCAACUCCUCCACCUCCUUCUCCUUCUCCGGAAGGAGGUGGAGGUCCUUCUCCAACUCCCCCACCUCCUUCUCCUUCUCCAGAAGGAGGUGGAGGUCCUUCUCCAACUUCUCCACCUCCUUCUCCUUCUCCGGAAGGAGGUGGAGGUCCUUCUCCAACUCCCCCACCUCCUUCUCCUUCUCCGGAAGGAGGUGGAGGUCCUUCUCCAACUUCCCCACCUCCUUCUCCUUCUCCGGAAGGAGAUGGAGGUGGGGGAGGCGGAUGUGGAGGUGGAGAAGGAGGAGGAGGUGGGGGAGGCGGAGCAGGAAGACCUGGACCAGGAUGUCCUCCUGGUCAAGGAGGUCCAGAUUUUCCACCAGGAUUGUUUUGCAACAUUUGCCCUCUUGGUUGGACCUGGUUCCAGGACCGCUGUUACCUGUUUGUUGAUGCUGAAUUGGACUGGGCUGAGGCUGAGCAAUACUGCAUCAGCCACGGUGGAAAUCUGGCCUCCAUCCACUGCCAAGAGGAGUACGCCUUCAUCAGGAACUUUAUCUUCCAUGUAGCAGGAAACAGCAGAAGGACCUGGGUUGGAGGAUACGAUGGAAUAGAAGAAGGGAUUUGGCAGUGGAGCGAUGGUUCAAGGAAUGACUUCAGCAUGUGGGGCCCCAGAGGACUGAACAACUGCGAUACAGAGAACUGCAUGGAGAUCAACGUCAACGAACAACACUGUGUCAACGAUGUCAUGUGCGACAGGAAUAACGCCUUCAUCUGCAAAAGACAUCCGUAGCUCCAAACGUGUCGCAUCCGGAUUUCUGAGUCCUAAUAAUGUUGCUUUUUGGAGACAUUUCCUCCCAUCUGAAUUUACUGUAGUUUAAACUACGAGCCUAAAUAAAUGUAAUAUCUUCUCAGCAGACUGUGUCCUGUUUCUAUCAUUUACUGUUUAUUCUGAAUAUGUGACUCCUCAGUUUUCCUUCAGUCUCUAACAGCAUUUUGUUUGGCAUUUUUAGCCAUUGUGAGCAUCAAGUUUUACUCCAUUUGCACUUCUUUAUGUAUAGCUAUUAUGUGAAUAUUGACAGGAAACAGUUUCCCUUCUAGAUUCUCCUGAUUUAAAUAUUUUCUUUCGCACAUUUUUUUUUCGGUGAACCAUUUUUUUGUACUUUAUUUUCUCAUCAGUAACUCCAACAGUUGAUUCAAAUGAAUCCGUCAUCAGUCGUAAACUGUGCAGAUUCAACUUGCAUGGGUUUCAUGAUGUUAACGUGUUUUCGUGGCAGAGAAAACAUUCCACAUGAACAGUUUCCUUGAAGCCUGCAGCUGAUUGUUCAGGUGCUGACAGAUGACUUUAUCUGCAGAUUGUUUUAAAUCCCAUCUGCACAGAGUUUUAACUCUGAUUCCUGGGUGAAAGCGUCAGUGGAGGUGAUAUUCUCUGCAGCAUUAUCUUUUCCUGAGAUAACAAACAUGCUCAUGACAUAAAGAACAUCAUGACUCCAGAUACAUUUUGUUUUUUCUAAAUGGUUUAAUUUGUUUUACUUUUGUGAAACCAGGUUGCUGUGAGUUGGAGAUUUUCUUGCAAAUAAGAUGGAUUUCAAUUUAACCAAAACCUGGUUAAAUAAGAGAAAUAAAUAAAGUAAAUCAAUAAUUAAAAAAAUCAGAUAUAAAUGUUGUUAAUGAGGAGCUCCAGAGACGACUUCUUUAACCAAAUAACCCGUUCAUUAAUCGUUUAAUAAACUGGUCUUCAUUAUUGUGUUGUCACUACAUUUUGUUGAAUUUUAUAUGUUAAUCUUUGUUAUCAGGAGAAAAGAUGGCUGUGGAGUGAUGGAUCCAGCUUUGAGUUUGCACACUGGCACAACAACCAGCCAGACAACUCUGGAGGAAAUCAGCACUGCCUGGAAAGAAAUUAUGGAGGUAAACAAAUAUUUACUUGACGUUAAAUUGUUUAUUUAAUCUCCUGUUUGCUGAUACAACUGGUGGAUCGUUCGUUAGUAGAACACUGAAAUGACUGCUCAUUUUUUCCCCAGAAAUCCCCAAAACAGGAGACGACUGGAACGACAUGCUGUGCACAAAUACCAGGCCGUUCAUUUGUUCUCAGGAUCUCUGAGGCAGCCAAGAUCCUCAACCUACUCAUUCGUAUUUCCUCUUGCCUCCUCAUUAUAUUAACCUCCUCCUGAUGUCUUUGGAUGUUGCUCCAAUAUUUCCAUAUAUGUCAUUACUUGUUGCUCCUGCAGCAAAAAACGCCGACAACAUGCUGCUGCCACCCCAUACUUCACAGUUAGGAUGAUACAAUCAUCCCUGUUUCCUCUCCAAAUGUAACGGUGGUCAUUAUGACCGGACAGGUCCACGUUAGUUUCAUCAGACCACAUGUCUCCAAAAAUAAAGAUCUUUGUCCCUGAGUUCUCUUGCAGUCUAGCAAUUCUGUUUCUUUUGAAGUAACUGCUUCUGCCUCGCUGAGCAGCUUUUCAGGCCAUGUCA